AUGAAGUUCACCCUCCUCCUCACCGUGGCCUCAUCCCUGGCCAUCGCCAGUGCCAAAACCUGCCAAUGGACCCGGAAAUCAUGCAGUCCCAACGGCGGCCAAAUCUCCAUGCAAGCCUGGAUCGACCACUCCCGCGAACUCUGCACGCGGAUCGGCGGUUCCCCUCAAGGCAUCUACAGCGACCAGGUCGUCUGUGAUGCUCCAGGCACCUUUGUGCCGAGACGUCUCCCGGCGACGUUUGAUGGCAAGAGUUAUCAGUGCUGCAUUUCUUGCCCUGGAGAUGAGAGGGGGAGCUGUUAA